AAGGCACAUUAUACUCAAAACCCCAAUUCCCAAUUCCGACAACAAACUGCAGCAGCAGAUCAAGAAACAGAGAGAGAAGGGAAAUUUGCGAGAUUUGGAUAGAGAGAAAAUGGAUGGGCCACCGGAGAAUGAUGUGUGUUCCAUAUGCCAUGCCAAUUUUCAUAUUCCUUGCCAAGCCAAUUGCAGUCAUUGGUUCUGCGGUAGUUGUAUCCUACAAGUUUGGGAACACGGAGCUGCUCUUCACCCAUGUAAAUGCCCCUUAUGCAGACGUGAGAUUACCUUGUUGGUUCCUAGUGAGGCUUCAUCUAGGCGGCGCCAUAUGUCUGAUGUUUCUGAGAUUUUGCAGAGGAUCGAAAGAUAUAACCGUCUAUAUGGUGAACGCUCGAAUGGUCUAAUGCAGAGAAUGCAAGACCUUCCCUUUCUUCUCAAGAGAUUGUUACGGGAUGUGAUGGAUCCUCAAAGAUCACUCCCGUUUGUUAUAAGGGCACGCGUCUAUCUGGCAAUGCUUGUUAGUGCUAUAUAUGUCAUUAGCCCAGUGGACAUCAUUCCCGAAGCACUGUUAGGCAUAUUUGGUCUCUUGGAUGAUCUGAUUAUUGUGUUCAUAUGUUUCCUGCACGUUGCUGCCCUUUAUCGAGCUGUUCUUGUAGCCCGCCAUGGAGGUGCUUAAGAUUGAGAUGGAUGCUUCAAAGCAACUGGAGCGGAAAAGAGAAGGCCUUCUAUGCUCUGCUGUCAAGAUUUGUACUAUCCCCGCCUACUGGAUUCUCAGACUGAACUGGAGUCCCACUGGGAAAUUGUUUUCAUUCAUUUUCUUGAGUUUCUUUUACCUAGUGUAUGGAAAUUUGUAAACUAGACGUACUCUUUACGGAUACACAUGAUCAAGUAAGUAAUACCUUUGAUGUUGAGGAGUUAUUCAACUUCUUGUCUAGGUAUGGCAAACCAAACAAAUCCGUAUACUAGCAGAUAAGUGGAGAUAGAAAUACUUUGCAUUAAAUCAUUCUCAUUCUAUUUCAAAUUUUCAAUUCUAUA